AUGUCUAAAGCUAUCCGUGCAUUGGGGGAUGUUUUAAUCCGAGAAGUGCUUGAGAUCGCGAAACAGAAUGUCAAUAUAGAGAUGGGUAGACCAUAUGUCAUCAGACUGUGUCAAGACGUAUAUUGCGGACGCGAAGCUAUUCAAGGAGAGUCGUAUUGUCAGACACACAUCAGAAAACCUUGGAAGGUAGUGAGAAAUGAAGAUUUCCCCCGAGAGAAGAAGAAAAAGAAGAAGAAGAAGAAGAAAUGUGGUACUUGUGGAGACGUCAUGUCACCUCGAUGGAGGUACAAAGAUUGCCAGGAAUGUUGCGAUAGACUCAAAUUAAAACGGAAGCGCGAGUCGGCAGAUAUAGGGUCACGUUCUCCAACGCCUGGUAUUGGCCAAGCAGGAUACGAUGCUGAAGAUGAAGUGCCUCCAGUUCCAGCUAAUGGUAGACAGAAAGCCAAGGAGAGUUGGAAAGAUGUUAAAAUGAGGACUCGCCUUUAUCAAGAUCCUGUCCCCGAGGCUUAUCCUUAG